AUAUUGUCCGCACCAGGUCUGGCCAUCACAAUAGGCACACUUUUCAAAGAGCCAGCCACCAUCAACUACCCGUUUGAAAAAGGCCCCCUGAGUCCUCGAUUUAGAGGGGAGCACGCCCUGCGCCGCUACCCAUCAGGAGAAGAGCGUUGCAUCGCCUGCAAGCUGUGUGAGGCCAUCUGCCCGGCACAGGCCAUCACCAUUGAGGCUGAAGAGCGAGCGGAUGGAAGCCGACGUACGACCCGUUACGACAUCGACAUGACUAAGUGCAUCUACUGCGGUUUCUGCCAGGAGGCAUGUCCUGUUGACGCCAUUGUUGAAGGCCCCAACUUUGAGUACACAACGGAAACGCACGAGGAGCUCCUGUACAACAAGGAAAAACUUCUUAACAACGGUGACAAGUGGGAGCCAGAGCUUGCUGCCAACAUUCAAGCGGACUACUUGUACCGAUAAACAGUCAUCGACACAUGGACUGCUCCCGUGUUCGUGCAAAGCCCUUCUCCUUGUAGGAAUGUACAUAAGUGGACGUCUAUUAAAUAAUUAGGCUUCGUGGUUUCGCCUCAUGA